ACCGCUGCCAUUCAUUCAUUAAUUAACCCGGGCUUAAUUAAUUAAUUAACCCCAAAUCCCCACUUUCAACCCUUUCAACCCCCUUUCCCCUUUAUUAAUGAACGAUUUUAAUCAAUUUUUUAAUUAAUUCCCCCUCCAACCCCUCCAAAAGUCCAAUCAGGAGUUAAUUAAUGAUGUUAAUUAAUUAAUUAAGCAGGUGUUAAUUGGCCAUGGGGGAGCUGAGCGACCUGGACCGGCAAAUUGAGCAACUGAGGCGCUGCGAGCUCAUUAAGGAGAGCGAGGUCAAGGCCCUGUGCGCCAAAGCCCGGGAGAUCCUGGUUGAGGAGAGCAACGUGCAGCGCGUGGACUCGCCCGUCACCGUGUGCGGGGACAUCCACGGGCAAUUCUACGACCUCAAGGAGCUGUUCCGGGUGGGCGGGGAUGUCCCAGAGACCAAUUACCUGUUCAUGGGCGACUUCGUCGACCGCGGCUUCUACAGCGUGGAGACUUUUCUGCUGCUGCUGGCAUUAAAGGUGAGGUACCCAGACCGGAUCACGCUGAUCAGAGGUAACCACGAGUCCCGGCAGAUCACGCAGGUUUACGGUUUCUACGACGAGUGCCUGCGCAAGUACGGCUCGGUCACCGUGUGGCGCUACUGCACCGAGAUCUUCGACUACCUGAGCCUGUCGGCCAUCAUCGACGGCAAG